UGCGGAAAUAAAAUCUUGGAACGGUUACAAAACUAGAUCAUACGAUAUUUUGUUUGUGAAGUGGCGCGUUUUCAUUGAGUCGUGCGGGAGGUGUGGCCAACGGCGUCACGUAGCGCUGUUAGCAAACAUGUUUUGAUAAUCGUAUAAAACUAGUUGUAUGUUUACGUAUUUCUCAGUACUAACUCAAUAUUCAUAGAAGAAGGUACUCAUAGUUUUUAAAGCAACCAUUUAAAAAGACAUUCAUUUUUAGAAGGACUUCCUUUACAAAAAGUGACGUGAUAAAAGAAAGUGAACUGAACGAGAGUGAAGUGAAUGUAAAAAGUUUGUUUUGGUUCGCUCGGCUGCGAUUGGCAGAACUGUUAUCGUCCGAUUUUACGUCAUUCGUAUCUGUCAUUGAUUUAUUUAUAUUUUUCGCCAAGGCUUUACGCAAAUAUUAGAUUUGCUACAGUUGUGAAUCGACACUGCUUCUGUGAUAACGUGAUAAUAUAUCGAAUCGUCGAGAGAGUUCUUUGUAUUGUGACAUUACGAUAAACUAAGUGUGAAGUGACGGUCGCGGGCGUACGUUAUUCGCCUAAGAACUUGCUCAGUAUCUAUACAAUUUAGAUACAAAACUAAGUGAUUAAUAAAAUAGACUGUGUUUUACGUGCCCUGAGAUCUAAUAAAACUUUAAACAUGUCUUCGUUGGGUAGUCAGUGGCGGAUAAUUCGGCACUAUCUGUCGAUAUCCAACCUGAAUUCAGAAGUUGAAAAACUAGUCCAGAGAAUGAAGCCAGCCUCUCCCGAGCAGUGGGACAAUUUAAUUAGAAAAUUCGAAAAAGCAGUCACAGCUAGAUUAUCAACAACAACCAAAGAAAUAGAACCAGCGCUUGACAAAAAAUCCAGUACUAAAGAAUCAUCUACCGCAAGCACGACAGAUGAGAGACCCUUUAAAAUACCCAAUCACGAUGAGAAGUUUCCGCAGGAAGGUCUGUCGGUGGGAUCGGAGGCCAAGGAGAUCACUAUGGAGGGUCUUUGGCAAGGGUUAAAGCUAAAAAAGGAUACUCACUUUGGGAAAAUAUCGGAGAACAGCUGGAAAUCUAAUAAGCCUGUUGUCACAAAGACUUCCAUCCAUUCCCGAACGGCAUACGUCAUAUCGGCGCUUGUGACGGCGGAGACGACAGAAUGCCUGAUGAGGAGGACAGAGCAUUUCAUCGACCAUUUGAAACAAUAUCCCGAGUCUAGGGACUAUGCUAUUAAGGAGGGUGCAGUGCGAGCUCUUUUGAGGGUACAGCGAAGACUGAAUGAUGAUCAACCAAUAACUAAAGAGACUGCUGGCAUUGUUAAAGAGGCCCUAGCCCUGAUGGGUUACACCGGCCCCACAAAAGGCCCCGGCCCCAACAUCCUGUCCAUCGACGGCGGCGGCAUCCGCGGCCUCAUCGCCAUCGAAGUGCUACGGCACCUCGAGAGGCUAACCGGCAGACGGGUGCAGGACAUGUUCGACUAUAUCAUCGGAGUCAGCACUGGGGCCAUCAUAGCUGCUGUCAUUGGCGGAGGAGUGGGCACCCUGGACACUGCUAAUCAAAUGUACAUGACGCUUUCCAAGGAAAUGUUCGGGAACACCUCGCUCAUUGGAGGUACAUCUAGGUUAGUGUGGACUCAUUCCUACUACGACACAGAUGCGUGGGAGGCGUUAUUGAAGAGGAACCUGGGAGAUUGUACUCUUACGGAGUGCAAUAGGAACGAUACGCCUAAAAUGGCGCUAGUGUCGUGCGUAGUGAACGCCGGGUCGAAGCUGUCGCCCUUCCUGUUCCGCUCGUACGAGUGCCCGUUCCGCGUGCGCUCCGUGUUCCCCGGCACGGCGCGCGCGCGCCUGUGGCACGCCGUGCGCGCCUCCGCCGCCGCGCCCACAUACUUCAACGAGUUCCGACUCAACAACCUAUUGCAUCAGGAUGGCGGCAUAAUGGUGAACAACCCAACAGGCGUCGGUCUCCAUGAAGCCAAACUCCUAUUCGGCGCUAAAGCUCUCCAAAACGGAACGGUCAUCUCCGUAGGAACCGGCAAAGCCCUUCACAAACACCUCGACUAUCAGAGCUUAAGCAAUGGUCUGCAGAAGGAGGCGCCUGGGACCAGUUGGAAGGACAAGUUUAACAAGAUUUUGGACUCUGCUACCGAUACCGAAGGUUGGUUUUGCUUUGCACCUUUUUUCUAUCCUUGUAGAACAGUAAUCUCGAUUGGUACUGGCAAAGCUCUUCACAAACACCUCGACUAUCGGAGCUUAAGCAAUGGUCUGCAGAAGGAAGCACCUGGGACCAGUUGGAAGGACAAGUUUAACAAGAUUUUGGACUCUGCUACCGAUACCGAAGGUACCCAUCUAGUGUUGAACGACCUCCUACCCCCGGGCAGCUACUACCGCUUCAACCCUCCCCUGAUGGAGGAAUGCGCCAUGGACGAGAUCAACCCCGACAAACUGAACAGCCUAGUCACCGACACGCAGGCCUACAUCCGCCGGAACCAGCACAAGUUCCAACAGGCCGCCGCCAUGCUGGUACGAAAGCGGACCAUCGCACAGAAGGUAAUGGACUUUGUUGACUACCAGAGCCAGAUAAUGGGCGUCGUGGCAAAGUGACGGUUACGUCAUCAUCAUCAGGUCGCUGAUGAAUGAUGAACGAAUGAGUGAAUGAUAGUCUAGUCCAAUGAGUGGAGAGAAUCUGUUCUGAAAAGUUCUAGAGUCGAAAAAUAUGAUUUUAUGAUUUUUGAUCAUAUGAAAAAUGCUGCUGGUUAAAUGAAAGUUGAUGGAUAAACCACGUGAAGUUAAUGAAUAUACUCUAAUGUGAGGAGGAUUAAAAAUGUAUGAUUUCGUGUGAUUACGAUCAUACAUAGUUUGUUCCGUAAUUUUAUUGUCGGAAGAGGUAUAAAAAUAUAUUUGGUGAAAUUGAAAUACCAAACCAUAUACCAAAUUAAAUUUCUAAUAAAACCCAGUUUUAAUUACGGAAAAUCACAUAUCCGAAUCACACUUGUCCAAUGAGGGUUCCCGCGAUCGAGUUUUCACUAGAUGACAGCAGUGGCGAGAGGUCUAGCUGUCAUAAUCCACCAAUCAUGUUUAACCAUGUUUUUUUUUUGGUGGAUUUUGACAGCAGCUGAGAAAAGACCUCUCGUCACGGUGCUGCCAUCUAGUGAAAAUCUCGAUCGCGGAAACCCUCAUUGGAAACUUACAUAGAGGUACAAUAAUAUAGAGAUGACACGGGGGCGGGGCCAAACGACCGAACGAGAUGCACUUAUGGAAAAUACAGUAGGAGUAGCAGAGAAAGGGGUAUUAUUGCUUGUCCUUGUCACAGUCUCACUUUUUGUUUGUUCCCGACCAAAAAUUUAGUAUGGUUUAUGGUGGGCAACAAAUAACCCGACCGAAUUACGUAGAUUGUUUUUGGUAUGUUGUCAGGAAUGUUAAAACGUGUUUUUAAUAUUGUCGCUUUGCGUAUGUUUUGUCCCUCACGGAGGCACGCGUAUAGCUCAUCUAUGUAAUACUAGGUCUAUGCGGUGCUGCCAUCUAGUGAAAAUAUCGAUCGCGGAAACUCUCAUUGGAAACUUAGGUCAUUCCUAUUUGUCCUAUAGAUUUUACAAUCAUGGUCCUAAGGAACGAGUGGGAAGAAAUUUCCCAAAGCAUUUUGUUCCGAUUAAUGAUCGACAUGGAAUUGAUUUGUUUCUUUAUUGAACAUUGUCUGUAUGCCAAUACGGGUGUAACGGUAAUAAACAUGUACAUAUAUACGUUUUAAUCCUAUUGCAAUGAUAUAAGACGAACAAGUCUAUUAUGCUUUGUUUAGAUGGUGAACUUGGCACUUACAAGUGUAAACAAUUUAUUAUUAGAUGAGUUGGGUGAAGGUACUGGUCACCUUUAUACUUUAAGGACGCUAAAGUCCAUACAAAAUUUAAAGUUAUACAUAGCAAUAGUAUUUAUACAUUUUGGUACCUCGCUUUAUUGUGACGUAGACGUCAACGAUAAUGUUUGAAAGCGACGAAUCUUAUUGUGCCUAUUUUAGUGAUAUAUACGCUUGACUUGACUUGAUACAUUCAUAACUAUAAUGAAAGGUUUACGCACGGCUCCUUAGCUUAUGCCCAGACCGCUUAGCAUGACAUUUCAAGCGCUACUUCAAGUAUGGAGUAUGGAGUCACGCGACAACACCAGCCAUGCUGAGCAGUCAGGACUGUCAGGAGUCGUCAACCAAAACUCACUAUAAACCGUUUUUUAAGAUUACUAUUUUUCUAAUAUGUAAACUACACCACACUAUAAUUCAAUGCACAGUUAGUCAGAUUUAAUUUUGGAGGAAAAAGUUACCCCUACUUUUGAGGUUAUAGAUUUUCUAAUCUGGAAAAAAACGGACUAUCUCUAUUCUUUAUUGUGUAGAAAUUGUGGUUUUAAGGUAUUUGAUGCCUAGUGAAUUUUGGUUGUUAACUGACGAUUGAAAAGGCUGCUGAAGUCUGAAGGAUGUCUCAUGGAAAAGGUUUUGAGAAAUUACUAGGUACGUUUGGGUAGACAACUAUGUUCAUGUCUAACCAACAUUGGAUGAGAAGGUUGUAUAACAUUCAUACUACAAACAUUCGAAUAUAAUUAUAAUAAAUACCUAGGUAUAAGAAAUACCAGUUACACUGAAAAUAUUAUAAUGCUCACUUAACUUUAUAAAAAAAAUAUUAAAAAUAAAUAAAAAAUACAUGUAUCUGUUAAUGUCCACUUCUAAAUAUUUUAGUCGUUAAUUUCAUACAGUGCAAUAAGUCAUUGUUUUUAUAAGAUUUAAUAAAAAUUGUUUGUAGUUUUAGAAGUUACUGCUAAUGUUAUAUUGCAUUUCUAUAAAUAUUGUUAAUUAAUUGUAAGUAGUAAACAAUGUAAUUAUUUAAACAAAAAAUAUAUCACGGACAUUUUGCAAUAAUAGUUCUUAGUUACUUUUUCCGAUAAUUAGUUACAUUUGUUUAUAUAGAAUGAUUCCCUUUUUAAUCAUGUAAUUAUGUAGAUGUAAUAUGUUUUGUAGAUAAAAAUCAUCUAGUCAGUUAGGUACACUACCGUAGUGUAGUUUGUUUUUAUAUAGUAUUUUAGAUACACCUCAGUGUAAAAUUUUAAUUUAUAGCAAUAGAUUUUACAUAUUUGUUAGUUUUCCAAAAUGUGAUAAUGAUAAACAAAUAAAAAUUAAAUCUAA